AUGGUUGAUCCCAUAUCUAUCAUUGGCCUAGUGGGUCAAAUUUCAGAUUUAAUUCAACGAGCCUACAACUACGGCAAAGCAGUCCACGAUGCUCAUAGUGACAUGCGCAAGCUCUACACAGAGCUUCUCGGUCUCAAAGGUGUCUUGGAGCAGCUGGAGAAACUAGACAUCGCUUCAGCAGAACCACAUAUAGCCGAUUUAAUACGCUCGAAAGAGUUUCGCAAGACUCUAUCUUCGACUUCGGAGCUUGUAGGUCGUCUUGUUGAGAAUUUGAAUAAAAAGCAGACUUCAUCUCGUAGGGUUAAUGCAUUCUUGUGGCCGUGGGUGAAAGAUGAUGUGAAAGCGGAUAUUCGGGAUCUCGAACGUGUGAAGACUUGGUUUAUUGUGAUGAUGAUGGCUGAGAACUCGACGCAAAUGGAAGUCUUGCUGAUUGAGUCGCAUGAGAUUUUAAAUAUUGCUAGAGAAGGUCAAGAGAAGGGGAAGCUUAAAGAUGAAGAAGAAAAGAGAGAAAAGAUAAGGGAAUGGAUACAACCCUUCAGUCCUAAACAGCUACACGCUAAAGCAAUCAAAAAGAGGAUGGAAUCUACAGGGUCAUGGUUCUUGGACGGUGACUUCAAAGUUUGGAUGAACGGCGGUGAAGGCUCCCCAAGAAUCCUCUGGCUUCGCGGCAAAUCUGGUUCCGGAAAAACAACAUUGCAUGCUGCUGCAGUCGAACAACUCAAGUCAUAUCAGCAAGAAGACCCCAAAAUCGGCCAAGCUUACUUUUACUGCUCCUUUGAUGACAGGGAGUCUCAGCAGCCCCUCAACAUCCUGGGGUCAAUUCUUCAUCAACUCUCAGAACAGCAUCCCGAAGCCCUCGAAGGCAUCGACCAGUUGCGCAAGUCAGGUGAGGUCUUGGGUGAGAAUUCUAUACUCAAGUUAACCUCGCAAUACGUGUCGAACUUUGACAAAUUCCACAUUUCAAUUGAUGCUAUCAACGAGAGUUUCAGCUGUAUCGAGGUGUUUGAGAUGCUUCUACAACUUGUUACCGAGAACUCCAACGUGCGACUGUUUGUGACAGCUAUAUCGAGCUGUUCACAUUGGCUAGAAGAUCUGCAACUGGAAGAACCACCAGAGAUGAUCGAGGUAGAUAUGGGUACAGAAGACGUUGAUAGAGAUAUCGACUUCUACAUCACCACGAGAAUAAGCGGAGAGCGUCUCCUCAGACGACUCAGCAAUGAGACAAAACUAGAGUUGCGUGAGAAAGUACUUGGUAACGCGAAAGGAAUGUUUCGGUACGCCCAGUGCCAACUCGAUUCCCUCAGCACUCUCAGAACAGCCAAAAUGGUUUUCAACGCCCUAUAUGAUCUCCCAAAGGAUAUUUACGAAGUAUACGAAAAGAUUCUGCUUACUAUCCCCGAAGCAGAUAGACUUCUCGCUAGAGAAUCGCUAUUCUUCCUCUCCGUAGCGCUGCGACCACUUACGAUACAAGAACUGGCAGAAGCUGCAGUUCUAGACGAUUAUGAAGCACGUAUCGACGAGGAGUGCAGACUGCCCGAGCCCAUGGUGUUGCUGGAGAUAUGCCAAGGCCUUGUGGAUUACGACGCAGCAACAAGCGUGGUUAGGUUAGCCCACUCAUCGGUUCGGGCGUAUAUCACCUCCAGCCACACGAACGAAGGAGACGUUGCCUGGUUCAGCUACAAUAUCCCAGGAAUACACGCCGACAUCGCCAAUAAGUGCUUAUUGUAUCUACUUCUUGAGAGCUUUCAAGACGGUUGCUGCACCAACGAAGAGCUUGAGAAGAAGUAUCGGGAGUACCCUCUUCUUCGCUACGCUUCUCGAUAUUGGCCCCUUCACGCCAGACUAUCUGACAACUACGGACGCCAGGAGGACUCUGCUAUGACAUUUUGUCUGAGUUCUAAGAAGGCUGGUAGGGGCAACUUUAGCUUCUGGGUUCAGUGCCUAAUGCCCGAUGCAUCGAGAGAGGCUAUCAUGGCAAGCGAGCCUCUCUACUACGCUUCUUCUUUUGGUCUUGCGGGCCUUGUCAAAAGUCUUUUGACGUCUCAAGGUGUGGAUGUUGAUGCGCGGGGUGGUCGAUUCAGAUCCAGUGCGUUGCAUGUAGCAUGUUACAGAGGGCACGUUGAAAUAGCUCGUCAGCUGCUCGAAUGCGGCGCAGAUAUCAACCUCCUUGACAGUGAUGGCCGCACCGCAUUGUUCUGGGCAAAGAGACUAGGACGGAAGGAAAUCGUUGAUCUUUUGGAGGAUCCCAAAUAUGCACAAACGAAAAGUCGCAGUCUCGUGACACUCUCGGAGGAUAUCGACUACCCGAUGUGGUUCUGCUGUGCUUGCAAUGGCGGACCCCAACGGGGGAGAUUCAAUCACUGCCGGGGCUGUCGUAGUCAUGAAAGGUGCGAGAAGUGCAUCAAACUAGCUGGCUUGAUGGAUGUUGAAAACGUUCCUGAGUCGCAAAGUCGCUGGGUAUGCUGUAAUUGUGAGGCGGGACCUACAAAGGUUGAAACGAAGGAAUGUCGGGAUUGUGAACAUGAGAAGUGUCGUAGGUGUUGGGUUUUUAACGCUUUCAUUUGA